GACCAUAACACAAGCAUUAGGGCAGACAUGGCUAAUCAAACGAGAUCCGAGGUCCUUCUUGUUGGCUGCGGUGGUGUUGGGGCAUUGUGUGCAUACAACCUUGAAGUUGGCACACAGGCCAACGUAACCGCCGUGCUGAGAUCCAAUUAUGAUGCCGUUGAUAAGAACGGUUUCAGCAUUUCCUCCAUUGAGCAUGGCGAGGUGACUGGCUGGAGGCCUAGUAAAAUUACACGGACAAUCUCUGGGAACGGUAAGCCCUUUGAUUUCAUCGUGGUCACCACGAAAAACAUCCCGGACCAGCCUCCGGCAAUUGCAGAAGUGAUUUCUCCCGCUGUUACACAUGGACAUACGAUCAUUGUGCUGUUGCAAAACGGCAUCAAUAUUGAGCGGCCGUUAUUCAAGGCGUUUCCCGAUAAUAUUGUCCUCUCUGGCGUCUCUAUGAUCAGUGCAACUGAGACGGAACCCGGAAAAGUAAGGCAAGAUGACCCUGACAUCUUGAUUAUCAGUCCAUUCCAUAAUCCUCGCAUUUCUAUGGAACGUGAAUCGGCAGCCGCGCAAAGUUUUGUUGAUUUGUACAGCGCUUCGGGAAAGGCAUCGUGCAAGUUAGAGCCGGAUGUUGGUACUAUCCGCUGGCGUAAACUGAUUUAUAACGCUUGUUACAACUCCAUUUGCGCCAUUCUCGAUAUGGAUACGACCACAAUUCGUUACGCAAAGCAUCCCGUGAACGAUUUGGUCAGGCCUGCCAUGUGGGAGAUUUGGCACAUUGCUAAGGCUACUGGUCACCCUCUUCCGGCGGAUAUAGUGGAAGAGAUGGUUGACAUCGAUACGUGGUCCUUCUUCAAGCCAAGCAUGGCACAAGAUACGAGCAAGGGUAAUUUUACUGAAUAUGAGAACAUCGUGGGCGAGCCUUUGCGUGAGGCUCAACGAGUCAAUGUCCCAGCACCCACACUCACAGUGAUUUACGGUAUAUUGAAAGCUCUUCAGUGGAAAGUACGAGCCCAAAAUGGUUUGAUAAAAGUUCCCCUUGAAAGACCUCAAUCCCUAUCUCUAUUAGAAGAUAGCUAGAUACAGCCGUGAUAUUGAAAUGUCCAAGAUUGUUCAUGUCAAUAGAAAUAUGUGCAUUGAAAUGUAAACAAGAUCCAAAUCAACUUGUUUAUAUGUCGCGAAGAAAAAGACAUCACCGUGAAUAUGAUGCACCAAACAAUAUAAAUAUGCAGAGAAACCCGAAAGACUGAAAAAAAGUCAUGUACUCUGCGGUUCCAUAACAUCUCAGAAAACUUUCGGCCAAGGCAAAAUCCGCCGAAGCGGUCAUGUAAUGAUAACAAUCAUCUCGUCGAAGAGAAAUCGUGUCGGAAGAGUAUAUUUGUGACGUGAAUCAUAAUAAAAUGUAUUUAUCGGGAAUCGGAACUGGUAGAUCGACCCCAGGUUGGUCGCCAGUGGCCGCCUGUCGAGUUCUUGGAGACAGCGGGGGAUGUUAGGCCAUUGGUGUAUACGUAUUCGCCGUCAACAUAUUGGGCAUCUCCGUAAAAUGUGGAACGAUUCUUGCGUCGUGUGUAUCGCUGUUCAAGGCGAUAAAGCUCAAGCU